CUCAAUGGCUUCGCUGAAUGUCUUCGAAAUAUCCGCACCGGGCAAAGUUAUCCUUCAUGGAGAGCAUUCUGUAGUCUACGGCAAACCAGCCAUCGCCGGACCAAUUGGCCUCCGAACCUACCUUACGUAUAAAAAAUUGAAUCAACCAGAGAUAAUCCUCGAUUUCGCAUCGAUCCCAUUUAAAUCAUCUCUUUCACUGCAAGCAUUCAACAAAUUCCUCGCUCAGUACAACUGUCACGAACAACUGCAACCAUUGGAAUUCCUUGAACGAAUGCGAUCUUCGGAUGCAUUCAUCUUUGCCCCGUUUGUAAACGAUCAACCGAGCGCACAGUCCACCAAGGAACGUUUCUCCCUCGGCACAACACUUUACUUGAUAAACCGUGUACUCCGCUGCGAAGGUAUCAAUUCUCUCGCAGAUGGUUUCCAACUUACCAUCACAUCAGUGAUGAGUAUUGGCGCUGGACUCGGAAGUUCCGCCGGUUACGGGGUUUGUGUUUCUGCCGGUGCUUUUGUCAUAUCGAGAUUGGCUAAACAUGAGUUGACCGAGCAGAAUGCUGGCACGUUCACACUGCAACAAACGGAGUACUUGGAGAAAAUUUCCAACUGGGCUUUCGACUCGGAAAUUGUGAUGCAUGAACGUCCAUCCGGAAUCGACAAUACCAUCUGUACCUACGGCAAUCUCAUAAAAUUUAAACGUGGAGAGCCAUUUGAAAAUAUAACCUUUCGUCAACAGGUCCACAUGUUGAUUGUAGAUACCGGUGUUAGUCGCGUGACCUCUAAAUUAGUUGCGCAAGUGGCAAAGCUGAAAUGUAACCACCCGAAAAUGAUGGACUCGAUCUUAGAUGCCAUGGGUUAUUUGGUGGACGAUGUCGUAGGUAUUCUGGAAGACGAGAUGGAACGAUCGGACGAACUGGGUACACUAGUUUCGAUCAAUAAUAAUCUACUGAGAGCAAUCGGUGUUAGUCAUCCUUCGUUGGAGAAAGUUUUUCAAUUGGCCGAUGAUUGUGGAUUCCAUGCCAAACUAACCGGCGCUGGUGGAGGAGGAUGUGCGCUUGUAUUUCUGCCACGGGAUUUCGACUCACGCAAGGAGUUUGUGCAACUGAAAACGAUGCUCAAAGAUGCAGGUUUCUCGUGGAUUCAAACCACCAUGGGCGGUGCCGGGGUGGAAUUUCGGGUGAUCGAAUGACACCGAGGAAAACGGAAAUUGUUUCGCGAGCUCAUGAAACAUCGCACCUUGAAGUUGGUAGUCGGUAAAUAGCUAGUAUUAUAUUGUUUGUUGGUCAAUGUUUAUACAUUACGAAUCAGUAUUCGUUUGUUCUCUUCUAUGGUACAUUUGGGAUACGCUUUAUUGUAAAAUGUAAGCUCUAAAUAGU